AUGUCUGAAUGGGAAGAGGCAUACGCCGAGGAUGGCAGCGUAUAUUAUUACAAUGUUCGGACUCAAGAGACUUCUUGGGAGAAACCAAUAGGCCAGAAUAGUGCCAGUGAAUGGUCUGUGUUUAAGACUGAUGAUGGAAGAGAAUAUUAUUAUAAUGAAAAAACACAAGAAACCACAUGGAGUCCACCACCUGGGAUAAAUUUCAGCACUGCUGUUGUGGAAUCAGAGAAGGAAAAGUCUGAAUCAUCACCAGCAUCCACAAGUAUCAUCAAAGAAUCGAAAUCCAAGAGUCAAUUGGAUGAACGGUUGGAAUCGGAAAGAGUACUUGAAAGUAGUAUAGUCAAUCCACCGCAGUUUGAAUCUGUUGAAGAUGCUGAAGAUGCAUUCAAAAAGAUCUUACAAGAUAGUGAAGUGGAUUCUACUUGGUCAUUCCAGAAAGUCAUGUCUACAUUUAUCACCAAUCCAACGUAUUGGGCUAUCAAUGAUCCACUCCGAAGACAACAAUUGUAUGAUGAAUAUCUCCUUUCCAGAAUUCAACAAGAAGCGGAGAAUCGAAACAAGGUGGUGGAAAAGUUAGAGGAAAACUUUAUACAAGAGUUGAAGAAAUAUCAACAAGCUGGUAAACUUAAUGAUAAAACAAGAUGGGUUACCAUUAAGGAUUUAUUGAUUAGAGAUGAUAAUCCUAUUUUUAAGCUUUCUGUUCUUUCUGAUAACCAGGUAGUUAAAAUCUUUAUUGAUUUUAGAAACAAGUUGAGAUCAGAACGAAAUAAAAGUAUACAAGAAGAUAGAAAGCAAGCAUUGUUUGAAUUGGAAACAUAUCUUAUGGAUAUGAAACCAGCAUACAUUACAAAUAGUAGAGAUUGGAAUGAAUUAUAUGGCAGUUUAACGGAAGAUCCACGUUUCCAAGCCAAUAAGCAUUUCAGUAUACUUUCAAAAGCUGAUAUUCUUGAGUUAUAUCAAACUUGUUUAUAUCCCCAGGAGAUCAAGAAACUCAAAGAUCAAAUCCACCAAAUCGAUAAGGCCAAUAAAAGAAGAGAUCGUAAGGCAAGACACCAGUUUUCUGAUUUACUAAACACUUUGGAUAUCAAGAGUACCACAACAUUUCAAGAUGUGUACAGUAAAAUUGAGGAUCAUGAUUGUUUUAUUGAAUUGUGUGGUAGAAGGGGUUCUACUCCUAUGGAACUCUUUUGGGAUAUUCUUGAUGAGAAGGAGCAAUCCAUAAAGUUGAAGAAGGAUUUGAUAAACACGGCUAUCACGGAUUAUUGCAAGAAGUCACCAACAGUUGACAUCACCUUGCACAAGAUAUUUUCGUCCUAUGAGAUAUUCCAUAAUACCAUCCUACAAAUCAAAGACGAGAGACUUUCGUCGUUUAAUCUUGGGAUUAACGAUGAAAGUCUACAUGAAGUUUUCACUGGUCUUCGUAUUGAAUUCUUGGCCCAACAGGAAAAGAGACUUCAAUCUUUCAACAAGAAACUAGCCCACGUGAUCCAGGAAUGUGCUAGACAGUUAAGUUUCACAUACACCAACAUUGCAUGCAUUGCUAUAGUAAAUGAAGAAGGGACAGAGUCUGAGUCACAAAAGGUCUUCAUCCAACGAACUGAGCCUUCUGAUGGAACAACAGUUUAUACACUACAAGUGGCUUCGAUUGGAGAUGAAGUGACCGAGGAAUUGAAACAAUUGAAAGAAUUAAGAAGUUUGGUAUCGCUAAUCAAUGACUUUUAUUCUGAUAAUGAAACAAGCGAGCCAAUAAUUAAAGACAGUAUUAAUAAAGUGUUGGUGGAAUUGGCAGCUGUUCUUACGUCACAAGAAAGCAAGAAACGACCAAGAGAAGAAGAAGAAAUCAGCAAUGAACUUAAGAAGACCAAACGUGAAUUGGUUACAGGGAAGCCAGUAUUAAUGAAUUACUAA